AUGGUAUCAACAAGAAGUAAAGCCACCAAUAAUCACUCCUCUCCCUCCCAAGGAGCAGAAACAGGUGAAAAGAGAUCACAACCUUCAUCUUCCUCCUCAACGAAGAACGGAAGAUCACCUAAGAAAGCCAAGCAGGAGAAAGAACAGGAUGUAGCUGAGAAAAAGGAAUUCGAAGUUGCCGUUCAAGGUGAACCCACUACUGAGACUAAGAAAGAAGAGACCAAUCUGGGAGAGGAAGGGGUCAAAGAUGAAAUUGCAGCUGAGAAAGCUAAAGCCAAAGAUGAGGACAAAGUGGAAAGCAGAGAGGAUGAAGUAAAACGCGAAGAGAAGAAGGAGAGUGGUGAGAAGGAUGAUGAAGAUGAACCUAGGCAUGGUACACUCGAAUCUGGACAUAUCUAUUUCCUAUACCGACCCAAGGUAGAAACUGAAGAAGCGGAAUCAUUAGAUGAUAUAUCCAAGUUCCAUAUCCUCCUCAUUCCUCAAUCGGGUAAACAUUCCAAAGGACAUUAUCAUCGAAUCAUCGAAGUUGGUAAGAAGAAGUUGCCAGAUCCUGGUGCGAAGCAUCAAGUGAUCUGGGGAUUGAUUGGUGGCGUGGGUGAAGAUAAGAGUACUUUGAAAGAUUCGUUUGGUGCUUAUACCUACGAGACAAAGACAAGGGGCACUCGUCAUCAAGCUGCCGCUCGUCCAGCUGCUAGAGGACAUUACAUCCUUCAUUCACCUCGAGAUGAAUUAGCAGAUAGUCCAGACCACAAUCGUCAAAGGGAUUAUAAGACACUAUUGGCUUACGAGAUCACUACUCCGACUCACGAGGAUUUCGGUCAAGUGCAAAAAGAGUUGGGUAUAGAGGAGAAAGGAGCAGUGGUCUUGCAGGUUAAAGAUCCUAAUGUGGAGAGUAGAGGUAAUCCUAGAGCAGCGGGAAUCCCAAGGGAGAAGAGGGCUCAGUAUCCACAACAUCUCCUCGAUAUCUUCCGUAAUCGCCGAUUCAUCCCCUCCAACCCAGUUUCGUUGUUGGACUAUCAAGGUGCCGAAUUACUCAUCAUCACCUCUCCUCAUGAACUGCACGAAAGUCUGGGUAAACAAGGCGAGAAAGUUGAAGAUGACUUGGAUCAUGAUUCCGCUGCUGAGAAAGUCAGUAUGGACGAUGCGUUGAAGGAGUUGGGUCUGAGUAAGAAGGAGUUCCCUGAAGAUGCUUUGGAGGGGAAUUGGGCGUAA